AUGCGUGCCCUCAAACAAAAAAAAUUACGCGAAUUUAAACGUAUCUAUUUAUCUAUUUAUCUAUCUAUCUAUCUAUCUCUCUGUCUGUCUAUUUUAAAUCUGUAUAUCGUAACUAUCUAUCUAAAUCAUCACAUCAAUCUAAAAGAGAAGAGUUAUCGAAACAACGAACAAAAAAAACCGUUGAUUUUCUCCUUCUUCUACUUCUUGUCUGUUUUCAUUCUUUCUUUACUUUCAAUUUUAUUUCCUUUAUUCAAUUACUUUUUCUUUCUCCAUUUCUGUAUUUCUUUUUUUUCUUUAUUCUUUCACCAUCAUCCUCUUUUUCUAUCCAUUUAUUAUUCUCUUCGUUUAAUUUAUCGUUGUCGAUUUACAUUUCUUUCUUUCUUUCUUUCUUUCUUUCUUUCUUUCACCCACUCUCUCUUUGUGUAUUCCUUUUACACCCUCAUUCAUUCUUUCACUCUCCCUCACAAUUUUGUUUUUCCUAGCGUCCAUUUACCCUUUCAUUUCAUCUUUUUCUCUCAUCGAUUUCUCAUUCAUCUGCUCACGCUUCUUUUUUCACUCCCCUCUCCAUAUCUCUCUUUUUUUUCCUUCUUUUUGUUUUGCAUUACCUUUCACCCUCUCUGUUUCUCUCUCUCUCUCUCUCUCUCUCUCUCUCUCUCUCUCUCUCUCUCUCUCUCUCUCUCUCUCUUUCUGUCCUUCCCUCUUAUCUUCUUUCCCUUUCCUUCACAUUCAAAUGGCAGGAUUUAUGCCUCUGACGAUCUGGAUGAAGGUGGCUACGGCAGUCAUGUGUUAUGCCGUCGGUCUUCAGGUGGCCGGGCUAGCCACACCCAACUGGUGUCGUACUUCCUUGUCCCAAAUGGGCCUCUUCUACCCAGCCAAAUACCUGCCGACACCCGUCCCCUUCGAGGAUCCGAACGACACCUGCAUUCUUUUAUCAAGACUCCAGCCAGCCCGGCCCAACUCUUCGCCUGGAUUCUCCUUGAUCCCGCCCUCUCCGCCAUCAGAUAUAGACGCCGCCCUCAACAAGCUGGUUUCAUAUCCGCCCGUUCCACCUCCGAUCACCGCAAGAACGGCCACCUCUAUGUCGCCUUUAUCGAUCUGAAGGCCGCCUUUGAUAUAGUUCACAGACCGACACUGCAGAACAUCGUGCGCACUCUCGCUCUCUCGUCAAAGCAACUUACAUUCUCCAGCAUGCUCUACGACGGCACUGAGAGUUGUGUGCAGGUCAACGCUGCAUCAUUAACCUAUGAUGGAUUCAGCGUGCGACCGCUUCCCCGGUGUUCAGCUCGGGGACUACGACCUAACCCCCGACAACACAACGCUGUUUUGCUUCUCACUGGUCACGUUAGAAGGGGAAUUCCAAGUGUUCAACAAGUAGGCAAUAUGGCUUGGGCUGCCCGUCAACUGGUCAAAGACCAAGGUUAUGUACGUAGGAGAUGGCCCCGAUCUAUCGCUCAUCAUCAAUAG